UUAUAAGAUUAAAAAUGAAAUAUUGUAAUAUGAAACUGAACUGGGGAAUAUUGGCUAAAUGAUUUAGGAUCAGAAAUGUAUUUGGUUAUGUUUGUGUCUGCAGGUGAUUCCACCUGGAGGGCUGUCCUCUCCAAGGCUGAACGAUCGGUAUCAGAAUGACUAGGAGGGCUGUCCUCGUCAAGGCUGAACGAUCGGUAUCAGAAUGACUAGGAGGGCUGUCCUCUCCAAGGCUGAACGAUCAGUAUCAGAAUGACUAGGGCUGUCGUCGUCAAGGCUGAACGAUCGGUAUCAGAAUGACUAGGAGGGCUGUCCUCUCCAAGGCUGAACGAUCGGUAUCAGAAUGACUAGGAGGGCUGUCCUCUCCAAGGCUGAACGAUCGGUAUCAGAAUGACUAGGAGGGCUGUCCUCGUCAAGGCUGAACGAUCGGUAUCAGAAUGACUAGGAGGGCUGUCCUCUCCAAGGCUGAACGAUCGGUAUCAGAAUGACUAGGAGGGCUGUCCUCGUCAAGGCUGAACGAUCGGUAUCAGAAUGACUAGGAGGGCUGUCCUCUCCAAGGCUGAACGAUCGGUAUCAGAAUGACUAGGAGGGCUGUCCCCUCUAAGGCUGGACGAUCGGUAUCAGAAUGACUAGGACUGGAGUUCUGCUCUCUGUAUUAGUGCUCUGUUGUUCUGUGGAUGGCGUGGUCCCAACACCAUCAAUACCUUCCUGCUGAAGCCAUUGUUGGUAGCCGUUUUCAAUCUACUCCAUUACAUUGACAUUUUAGUGGAGACUCAGGCUCUUGUGCAGGUGGUGUCUGAUGUUUUCAUACUCUGGUGGAAGAUGGGCAGGGACUACUGUCCAACAGCAAGCCAUGUGCCAUAUCACUAUGGAACAGGUUUAUAAUAAGGAGUGGGGCUAUGUCACUAUGGAACAGGUUUAUAAUAAGGAGUGGAGCUAUGUCACUAUGGAACAGGUUUAUAAUAAGGAGUGGAGCUAUGUCACUAUGGAACAGGUUUAUAAUAAAGAGUGGGGCUAUGUCACUAUGGAACAGGUUUAUAAUAAGGAGUGGAGCUAUGUCACUAUGGAACAGGUUUAUAAUAAGGAGUGGAGCUAUGUCACUAUGGAACAGGUUUAUAAUAAGGAGUGUGGCUAUGUCACUAUGGAACAGGUUUAUAAUAAGGAGUGGGGCUAUGUCACUAUGGAACAGGUUUAUAAUAAGGAGUGGGGCUAUGUCACUAUGGAACAGGUUUAUAAUAAAGAGUGGGGCUAUGUCACUAUGGAACAGGUUUAUAAUAAGGAGUGUGGCUAUGUCACUAUGGAACAGGUUUAUAAUAAGGAGUGUGGCUAUGUCACUAUGGAACAGGUUUAUAAUAAGGAGUGGGGCUAUGUCACUAUGGAACAGGUUUAUAAUAAAGAGUGGAGCUAUGUCACUAUGGAACAGGUUUAUAAUAAGGAGUGGAGCUAUGUCACUAUGGAACAGGUUUAUAAUAAGGAGUGGGGCUAUGUCACUAUGGAACAGGUUUAUAAUAAAGAGUGGAGCUAUGUCACUAUGGAACAGGUUUAUAAUAAGGAGUGGAGCUAUGUCACUAUGGAACAGGUUUAUAAUAAGGAGUGUGGCUAUGUCACUAUGGAACAGGUUUAUAAUAAGGAGUGGGGCUAUGUCACUAUGGAACAGGUUUAUAAUAAGGAGUGGAGCUAUGUCACUAUGGAACAGGUUUAUAAUAAGGAGUGGGGCUAUGUCACUAUGGAACAGGUUUAUAAUAAGGAGUGGAGCUAUGUCACUAUGGAACAGGUUUAUAAUAAGGAGUGGAGCUAUGUCACUAUGGAACAGGUUUAUAAUAAGGAGUGGAGCUAUGUCACUAUGGAACAGGUUUAUAAUAAGGAGUGUGGCUAUGUCACUAUGGAACAGGUUUAUAAUAAGGAGUGGGGCUAUGUCACUAUGGAACAGGUUUAUAAUAAGGAGUGGGGCUAUGUCACUAUGGAACAGGUUUAUAAUAAAGAGUGGGGCUAUGUCACUAUGGAACAGGUUUAUAAUAAGGAGUGUGGCUAUGUCACUAUGGAACAGGUUUAUAAUAAGGAGUGGGGCUAUGUCACUAUGGAACAGGUUUAUAAUAAAGAGUGGAGCUAUGUCACUAUGGAACAGGUUUAUAAUAAGGAGUGUGGCUAUGUCACUAUGGAACAGGUUUAUAAUAAGGAGUGGGGCUAUGUCACUAUGGAACAGGUUUAUAAUAAGGAGUGGAGCUAUGUCACUAUGGAACAGGUUUAUAAUAAGGAGUGGAGCUAUGUCACUAUGGAACAGGUUUAUAAUAAGGAGUGGGGCUAUGUCACUAUGGAACAGGUUUAUAAUAAGGAGUGGGGCUAUGUCACUAUGGAACAGGUUUAUAAUAAGGAGUGGAGCUAUGUCACUAUGGAACAGGUUUAUAAUAAGGAGUGGGGCUAUGUCACUAUGGAACAGGUUUAUAAUAAGGAGUGUGGCUAUGUCACUAUGGAACAGGUUUAUAAUAAGGAGUGUGGCUAUGUCACUAUGGAACAGGUUUAUAAUAAGGAGUGGGGCUAUGUCACUAUGGAACAGGUUUAUAAUAAGGAGUGGGGCUAUGUCACUAUGGAACAGGUUUAUAAUAAGGAGUGGGGCUAUGUCACUAUGGAACAGGUUUAUAAUAAAGAGUGGGGCUAUGUCACUAUGGAACAGGUUUAUAAUAAGGAGUGGGGCUAUGUCACUAUGGAACAGGUUUAUAAUAAAGAGUGGGGCUAUGUCACUAUGGAACAGGUUUAUAAUAAGGAGUGGGGCUAUGUCACUAUGGAACAGGUUUAUAAUAAAGAGUGGGGCUAUGUCACUAUGGAACAGGUUUAUAAUAAGGAGUGGAGCUAUGUCACUUUGGAGCAGGUAGUGAAAUGUUGUAAUUGUGUCACCGAGUUGAAAAAGGAUCCCAAUAGUGGGAUGAAGAAGCAAGGUGUAGCGGGUACAGAACAGGAACAGCAAGGUGUAGCGGGUACAGAACAGGAACAACAAGGUGUAGCGGGUACAGAACAGGAACAGCAAGGUGUAGCGGGUACAGAACAGGAACAGCAAGGUGUAGCGGGUACAGAACAGGAACUUCCACCAUAAAUAGAACCAGGACACAUUUAGUAAACUUGAUCAAAGUUUAUUGUUGAGCGUCUGGUCCAGUGUUUCUUUAAAGUAUCAACGAAAAUAAUAAUUAGUAUUUUUCAUGAAGAUAAUUAUGACGUAGAACCCAACACAUGAGGACGUAGAAACCAACGACGUAGAACCCAACACAACGACGUAGGAACCCAACACAUGAGGACGUAGAAACCAACGACGUAGAACCCAAAACAUAAUGUAGAACACAAUGACGUAGAACACAACACAUGAGGACGUAGAACACAUGAGAACGUAGAACCCAGCACACGAGGACGUAGAACACAACGACGUAGAACCCAACACGAGGACGUAGGAACCCAACACAACGACGUAGGAACCCAACACAUGAGGACGUAGAACACAACGACGUAGAACCCAACACAACGACGUAGGAACCCAACACAUGAGGACGUAGAACCCAACGACGUAGAACCCAACCUGUCUGGCCUUGAUCUCUGAGCUGCCAGAUCAAUAGUAAAAAUGUAUUGUGGAAGGACCACCAGAGGGCAGGCUGGGCUCACGGAUAGUAGCCCAACAAGGCAUGGGAGACAAGGUAACCAGAGGGCAGGCUGGGCUCACGGAUA